AUGCAUGUGAUCAAGCGAGAUGGCCGCCAAGAGCGAGUCAUGUUUGACAAAAUCACAUCUCGAAUCCAGAAGCUUUGCUAUGGACUCAAUAUGGACUUUGUUGAUCCUGCUCAGAUCACCAUGAAAGUAAUCCAAGGCUUAUAUAGUGGGGUUACCACUGUGGAACUAGACACUUUGGCUGCUGAAACAGCUGCGACUUUGACUACUAAACACCCUGACUAUGCCAUCCUGGCAGCAAGGAUUGCUGUUUCUAACUUGCACAAAGAGACAAAGAAAGUGUUCAGUGAUGUGAUGGAAGACCUGUACAACUACAUAAAUCCUCAUAAUGGCAAGCACUCUCCCAUGGUGGCCAAGUCAACACUAGAUAUUGUUUUGGCCAAUAAAGAUCGCCUGAAUUCAGCCAUUAUCUAUGACCGAGAUUUCUCUUAUAAUUACUUUGGCUUCAAGACCCUGGAGCGGUCCUAUUUGUUGAAGAUCAAUGGCAAAGUGGCUGAAAGACCACAGCAUAUGCUGAUGAGGGUAUCUGUCGGGAUUCACAAAGAAGAUAUUGAUGCUGCUAUUGAAACAUACAACCUUCUGUCUGAGAAGUGGUUUACUCAUGCUUCUCCUACCCUCUUCAAUGCUGGGACCAAUCGCCCACAGCUUUCUAGCUGUUUCCUUCUAUGUAUGAAAGAUGACAGCAUUGAAGGCAUUUAUGACACUCUUAAGCAGUGUGCACUGAUUUCCAAGUCUGCUGGGGGAAUUGGUGUUGCAGUGAGUUGUAUUCGAGCAACGGGCAGCUACAUUGCUGGGACUAAUGGCAAUUCCAAUGGCCUUGUCCCGAUGCUGAGAGUGUACAACAACACAGCUCGAUAUGUAGAUCAAGGUGGGAACAAGCGACCUGGAGCAUUUGCUAUUUACUUGGAGCCAUGGCAUUUAGACAUCUUUGAGUUCCUUGAUUUAAAGAAGAACACGGGAAAGGAAGAACAGCGUGCCAGGGAUCUAUUUUUUGCCCUUUGGAUUCCAGACCUCUUCAUGAAACGAGUGGAGACCAAUCAGGACUGGUCUUUGAUGUGUCCAAAUGAGUGUCCUGGUCUAGAUGAAGUUUGGGGAGAGGAAUUUGAGAAGCUGUAUGAAAGUUAUGAGAAAAAGGGUCGUGUUCGCAAAGUUGUGAAAGCUCAGCAGCUUUGGUAUGCUAUCAUUGAGUCUCAGACAGAGACAGGUACCCCAUACAUGCUCUACAAAGAUUCCUGUAAUCGGAAGAGUAACCAGCAAAACCUGGGAACAAUCAAAUGCAGCAACCUAUGCACAGAAGUAGUGGAGUAUACCAGCAAAGAUGAGGUUGCAGUUUGUAAUUUGGCUUCCCUGGCACUAAAUAUGUGUGUCACAUCAGAACAUACAUAUGACUUUAUGAAGUUGAAAGAAGUCACCAAAGUUAUUGUCCGUAACUUGAAUAAAAUUAUUGAUAUAAAUUACUACCCUGUUCCAGAGGCAUCCUUAUCAAAUAAACGCCAUCGUCCCAUUGGAAUUGGGGUCCAAGGUCUAGCAGAUGCUUUCAUCCUGAUGAGAUAUCCUUUUGAGAGUCCAGAGGCCCAGUUACUGAAUAAACAAAUAUUUGAAACCAUUUAUUAUGGAGCUUUGGAAGCCAGUUGUGAACUGGCUAAGGAGCUUGGCCCUUACGAAACCUAUGAAGGCUCUCCAGUCAGCAGAGGAAUACUUCAGUAUGAUAUGUGGAACGUUACUCCUACAGACCUAUGGGACUGGAAACUUCUCAAGGAGAAGAUUGCAAAGUAUGGUGUAAGAAACAGUUUACUUAUUGCCCCAAUGCCUACUGCUUCAACUGCUCAGAUACUUGGGAAUAAUGAGUCUAUUGAAGCUUAUACCAGCAACAUCUACACUCGCCGAGUCUUGUCAGGGGAAUUUCAGAUUGUGAAUCCCCACUUGCUGAAAGACCUUACUGAGCGAGGCUUAUGGAAUGAAGAAAUGAAAAAUCAGAUUAUUGCAUGCAAUGGUUCUAUCCAGAGUAUACCUGAAAUUCCCGAUGACUUGAAGCAGCUUUAUAAGACGGUGUGGGAAAUUUCUCAAAAAACCGUACUCAAGAUGGCAGCUGAGAGAGGGGCUUUCAUAGAUCAAAGCCAGUCUCUGAACAUCCACAUUGCUGAGCCUAACUAUGGCAAACUCACUAGUAUGCAUUUCUACGGCUGGAAGCAGGGUUUGAAGACUGGAAUGUAUUAUUUAAGGACAAGACCAGCAGCUAAUCCCAUCCAGUUCACUCUGAAUAAGGAGAAGCUGAAAGACAAGGAAAAAGCAUCAAAAGAGGAAGAAGAAAAGGAGCGGAACACAGCAGCCAUGGUGUGCUCUCUAGAGAACAGAGAUGAGUGUCUGAUGUGUGGAUCCUGAGGAGAGACCAGUACUUUGUCAUCCAUACCACUUCUUGAGCCUAGAUAGUUGAAGGAGCCUUUCUUGAGGUGGUAUGGAUGGCUGGACUUUGUUACCAAAAAAUAGUAACUGAAUUAAAGUACU